AUGAAGUGGAAAAUAAUGACAUCUGAUCCUGGUGAGAGUUUGGCCAGGGUUGUGGCGUUGUCCCUGAUUAGCAUAGCGCAGGAAGAGUAUAAAACGAGGGGACUCCACUCUCCACCUCCGCAGAGUCUACAUCAUGCACGGACUGUUACUAAUCCAGAUCUUCUCGAUCGCGGUAUUUUUUAAAUUUAUCAAUGCAAAAAAUAAAGGUCUCACUCCACACUUGGGGAAGUUGACCGAUGGCAGAUCUGCCUCCACUCUGCUCCCCUGGACCCUCGACGAUACGGCCAAGCUGGUGAAGUUGCAGCACAAGAACCGCAGCCCACCCGAGCCCCACUCGCCCGCCACUGGCGCGUUGGCCGGGAGGGAGGGGGUUUAUUAUUACCCGGCCAAGGUGAACGGUGCAAGGUCCCGGGACCCCCUCACGCCGCUGCGGCUCCUGGAAGCUCGGAUGGGGAACUCGGAGAGGCAGAAGGUAACGGAGGGGUGGUCGCCCAGCGACCUGCGAGGACUUCUAUCGUUCUAUGAAGACAAGUCCAAGCUGAACAGGUCUCCCGCCUUCCACAGCCUUCUGGCCAAGACUAUGCACUCGGGCUCCUCAAUAUAUCCUCCCGACAACCAUGAGCUCCAUCUUCAACUCAGCGACGCACAUCGUGCAGCAAGACGGGGCGAGGGGGUUCCCAUCUCGGGUCUGGACCCCGAGGAGAACCGGCCGAGGAAAUCCACCCGCCACAGGGCGAGCGACACGUUAAUUAAUGGCAUCAACUCACCAUCGGAGACCAGCCGCCGCAUCAUGAGCUUGCUCUAUCACUUCAACAUCCUCAGGGAGGAUCACAACAAACAGUUGUGUUCAGUUGAAUGCAGGAAGGAAAAGAAUGAGAGAGAGUUUUACUGCAACAGUGAUUUUGUAAUCAAUGGCAUUGUCCAUGAUAUAGCAACCCUCGACAAAGGGCUACAAAUGGUGACAUUACUGGUGGACAGUGAUGGAUUCUACCGCAUGGGUCGCCUGUAUGUCACACCUGAUGGAUUCUUCUUCAAAGUACACAUUCUUGUGAUUGAUACAUUCAACUGUCGAAGACUUUGUCCAGACUUGAAAUUUGGUGGUAGAUACAUCAUGAUGGGUUUGAUAUAUCACAGAAGAUACCCACUGCCCAUGUGGGUGCAAGAACGUGCCUCUGGGAGACUCAAGCCUGGAGAUGGUCUGGUGAAGAGCAGCAGCUACGUGAGAAGAUUUAACAAAAAGAGGGACCAUAAAGUCCAACUACUGCGUGACGGGCACUGUGGAUCCAGCUUCCUUGGAUCUCAGCAGAAAUAAAAUUGGUCAGCGUGUUUCCAGCAUCUGUAAUCAAAUCCAAGUGCUGUUUGGAGUUGUUAAUUGUAAUUAUGAAGGUUGUAGCUCAAAAUUUUGGAGGUGUAUUAUAUAUUUAUAGUUUU